UCCACUUUUCACUCUCUCUCUCUCUCACUCUCACACACACACACACACUCAAUCAUCAUUUCACAUGGGCAACUUUGCUGCCAACGAGGGACUUUCGGUCUUUGUCAUUCUGGUAUGGCUGGGAAUCAACGCGUACCUGUUUGUCCAGUUCUACAUGAACUUCCUUACUGAGAGAUGGUUCUACACACGGGUCCUUCUUGGGGAUGCCCUCUCCUGGGCCAGGGCUCCUGCAGCCUGCCUCAACUUUAACUGUCUGCUUAUUCUGCUGCCAGUCUGCCGGAACCUUCUGUCCUUCCUCCGCGGCUCCAUUCAGUGUUGCAGUCGCACAGCUGCUCGACAACUGGACAGAAACAUCACCUUUCACAAGCUGGUGGCUUACAUGAUAGCAUUUCACACAGCGGUCCACAUCAUCGCCCACCUGUUUAACUUUGAGUGGUUCAUGGGAGCCCAGCUGUACAGGAACAGCAGCUCUCUGCCCUUUGUGCUGUCCCAGAUUGGCAACGGAGACAAUGCCUCCUACCUAAACCCCAUCAGGACCGACCAGACCAACCCAACCAUAGUGAUGUUCACUACCAUCGCGGGGUUAACGGGCGUGGUCAUCACCUUGGCCCUCAUCCUCAUCAUUACAUCAUCCAUGGAGGUCAUCCGCAGGUCAUACUUCGAGGUUUUCUGGUACACCCAUCACCUCUUCAUCAUCUUCUUCAUCGGACUCGUCUUCCACGGCUUCGGGCGAAUUGUCCGAGGGCAGACCGCUACAAGUCUCCUGGAGAACAAGCCAUCGCAGUGUGCAGAUCAGUUUGAGUCAUGGGGAAAGAACGGGACCUUCUGCCCUAAGCCAGAGUUUGCUGGGAACCCUCCUAUGACAUGGAAGUGGGUGGUGGGGCCUAUGAUCUUGUAUGUGUGUGAGAGGCUGGUCCGAUUCUACCGCUCCCAACAGAAGGUGGUCAUCACCAAGGUGGUGAUGCACCCGUCCAAGACCCUGGAGCUCCAGAUGAAGAGGAAGGGCUUCAGGAUGGAGGUCGGCCAGUACGUCUUUAUGCAGUGUCCCUGCGUCUCCCAGCUGGAGUGGCAUCCCUUCACCCUCACCUCCGCCCCCGAGGAGGAUCACUUCAGCGUCCACAUCCGUAUCGUGGGCGACUGGACCCAGGGCCUGUACGAGGCCUGCGGAGGGGACAAGAACGAGACCCAGGAGGCAUGGAAACUGCCCAAAAUGGCGAUAGAUGGCCCGUUUGGUACUGCCAGUGAGGACGUGUUCGGCUAUGAAGUGGUCAUGCUGGUGGGUGCUGGCAUUGGGGUCACCCCCUUCGCCUCCGUCCUCAAGUCAGUGUGGUACAAACACAUCCAGGAGAACCAGAACGUCUUCACCAAGAAGAUCUACUUCUAUUGGCUGUGUCCUGAGACCCAGGCCUUUGAGUGGUUUGCUGACCUGCUGCAGUCUCUGGAGGGACAGAUGACAGAGAAAGGCAUGGUGGACUUCCUCAGCUACAACAUCUACCUGACCCGCUGGAAAGAGACCGAGGCUGCUCACUUCAGAGUUCACCAUGAGGCAGAGAAUGACCCUAUCACAGGGCUGAAGCAGAAGACUCUGUAUGGGAAACCUAACUGGGACAAUGAGUUUACUGCUAUUGGGACAAAGCAUCCAGAGAAAAAAGUAGGAGUGUUCCUGUGCGGUCCCACCCAGCUGGCUGACGUCUUGGAGAAGCAGUGUCGGUCUCAUUCUGAGGCUGGUGUCAAGUUCAUCUUCAACAAGGAAAACUUCUGAGACCCCAACACCCCUCCAAGAGCACCAAUGAGGCAAUAGCAAUAUUCCUACUUUGUUAUCAAAGUUAGCUUUCAAUAUUGCUCAGACCCAGAGUAUCCUCUGUCUUGUAAGCGGUUUCACAUUCCUAAACUGUUCUGUUGGAUUCUUGGGUGAAUCACUUUUUUUUUAAACUUAAGUGCCCUUAUCUCACAACAGUUUAUCAGAUCAUAGCACCAAAAAUGGAAGUAAACUUCACUGUUCUAAUGAUCACAACCUUCUACACCCCUCCUCCUCAGGGACAUUUCACAAUUGGUUUCUUGCACAAAUCUGUGAAGAAAUGACCAAACCUCCCCGCAUUUACCACAGAGGCUAGAACGUUAUUCUUGUUCUGCAAUACAACAUGCAAACACGGAAACUCUAGUGUCAAAACUCUCUAGUUCCACUUCCUGUUUCUGGUGUUGUAUUUACAAGUUUGUGUAAGCAAAAUAGUAUGCAUAAAGCUUACUGCAUUUGAAAAAAUAUUUUCUUUUCUUUUCACUGCACCAGGGAUAGCCUACCAGACAUUUUGCCUUUACAGCUUUCUUCAGUGUGUAGGUACAGCAAAAGUUUGUCUAAAAUGAAAAUGAGCAGCAACAAAAAGCUGUUUGGGAUGUGAUAUUCUAGUUAUCCCAGCUGCAGCUUCUCCUGCUGGACUCAAUAGCAGCUGAGAGUUUCUUUAGGCUGGCCAAGUGAGUGAUACAUUUCAGCGACCAGUGAGCACACUGAGACAUGUCAGUCCUAUGUGUGUACGUGUAGGAGUUCAGCUUCUCUUUUACUGAGGUCAGAGUCAAAUAAACCUAAAAUGCUGGUGAGGAAAAGUCUUGCAGCUUGUGGCUGAUCAACUAGACCGCAUAAAGUAUUGUAUUGAAGCUUGGCUAGUGUUGUUAAAUACCUAUGGAUCUGCACGGUGUUGUAUUUGUGCUGCUUGAUAUAACAGUUAUACACAGACACCAUAAAAAGGGUUAAUUUGAACGUUUAAUGACAUUCAGCAAUGGGUCCUACAGUCUAUCGAUGGCAUCUUCCACCCCACAAAAAUACAGGAAUAUUAUUAUUUCUAUGGAAACUUGUUUAUUCUUCAUUUGUUUAAACAAUGAUUGCAACUUGAAAUCGUAUCUGUAUACAAUAUCCUGUGAUCUGUUUCCAUAGCAUUUCCUAAAGCAAGUUCAUCUGAUCUGUGGUGUAAAAUAAUGUACAUAAACACACUGCUUUUCCUCA